AUGAUUAAUGUAAACGUGGGUGUGCUGGGGCACGUGGACUCCGGCAAAACGAGUCUCUGUAGGUGCCUCAGUGAAGUGCUAAGCACCUGCGCCCUGGACAAGCACCGGCAGAGCCAGGAGAAAGGCAUCACCAUCGACCUGGGCUUCUCGUCCUUUUACCUGAAGAGGAGGAAAAGAGAAAGGGACGCCCAACCGGACGAGAGCCACCAUGGGGAGGUCAAAAAUGGUCAAAUCAGGAGUGGCAAUUUUUACAAUGGUAAAGUUUUCCACGACGAACCUUUCAAUGGUAAAGUUUGCCACGACGAACCUUUGAAUGAGAUAACAGACAUGGUCCUCCUCCUCAUAGAUAUAACCAAAGGGAUUCAGAAACAAACGGUGGAGUGCCUCGUUCUGUGCGAAGUCCUACAAAGAGACGUCGUAGUUGUUUUAAAUAAAAUAGAUCUUGUCCCUCCUGAACAGAGAGAAACCAGGGUCAAACUGAUGAGGGAAAAAAUAGAGUUGGUGUUUAGGAGUAAGGCCGGUUUGAGGAACCUCAAAUGGUACGUCGUGGGGUUGUCUGCUGAUUCGAAGAGGGGGGAACCAACUACAAGGGCGGACACCCCCAGCUCAAUCCCCCCAAGCGAUGCACAGUCACCAUUGCAGUUGCAGCCACAUCGUGUUGGAAGCGCCGAUGACGGGAUCAGCGGUUCCCCCCCUAGAAGCCAAAACGUAGAUCAACUCAUUAACCUCCUGAGGGAGGUCAUCAGAGUGCCGGUGCGGAGGGGGAAAAAAAAACACGACGACGGAGGUGAGGACGACGAUGGUAAUGAGGACGAUGCAGACGAAUUCUACUUCCUCUACGACCACACCUUCGAUAUUAAAGGAAAGGGAAGAGUCUACACCGGGACUGUCAUCAGAGGGGUUAUCAGAAGAAACGCCACUGUGUCCAUACUACCAAUGAAAGAAAAGGGAAAAGUUAAGGAAAUUCAGACCUUUAAAAAGAAAGUCGAUGAAGGAACCCAAGGGAAUAGAUUAUCUCUCCUAAUAUGUAACGACCAUAUAAGAAACACUGGAAAGAAAAUAGAGAGAGGUGUUAUCGUCUCGGAAAAAUCAAAUAUCGCUCACUUCUCCAUUUUUGUUUGUCGAGUGAAGUUGGUUCAGUACUACGGGAGGGGGGUGAAUAGUUCUGAGCUGCUCUCCUGUGUCAUUGGCUUUUCCACCUCUCCUUGCUAUGGGUACUUCUUUCGUCCUGCUAACAAGGGUACUGGCGGGAUGCCGUCCCAACGGGCAACACAUCCUAAGCAAUCCUUACCCACAAAGGCAUGUAAAAAAAAAACUUUCGAUCCCGAGGGAGAUUACCUCUUCGUCAACGAGUUAACAUUCGAACAGGAAACGGAAGAAAGAAAAAAAACAGAGGAGGAAAACAACCCCAACUCCGAUGACACCUUCUUCCUAGUUAUUAUGAAGAAAAAAAUCCACUGCUACAAAAAGGAGAAAUGUAUUUUCAUAAAAAAUGAAGACAACCUAAACUGCAGGAUUUGUCUGCACGGAAUUAUCGAGGACAUCAUAGACGAUGGCUACCCCCAACAGAAGACCCCCUUCAUCGUAGGAAGGAAACCCACCCUUAGUGACUUCCGCCGUUUUAACAGCUUCAAAAUGUUGACUGAAAAGCAAAAGGUGGGACAGAUCGAACGGGUACAAGACGACAACCACACUGUGCUUUGUAGAAAUAUGUUUGAAUGCUCUACGCAAAUCGCUCCCUACUUGGGAAAAGAGGUUUGCCUCGUCGACGCAGGUUACAAGAAUGGUCAUCUAAGUGACGUACAAGUAAGACACGUUGGCGUUGUAACCGCUCCGUUUGCAAAAAAUGGAAAGUUCACCGCCCGCUUUGAGGACGACCUUUCCUAUAUGCGUGAAAACUGCAAGUCGUUCCUCCUGGUGAUCAACUACUACAAGGACGCGCUCACAAAGAGGAAGGUGUUUCUCUGA